CGCUUCUGUCGUUGUGCAGGCCGAUACGAGCAGUACGUCAACACUACUUACUUAUUUCUAUUUGUUUCCAAACAAUCAUUGAAAAUUAAGUAAAGCAUUGUAUUGCAGAACGUCAACAUAGUAGAUGUGCGACAAUUCAACACAGCAAGUGUGAAGAAUUUAUGUCGCUCGUGCCCCUGCUUUCCGAACCGGGUCUGUGACGCCGACGAAACGUGUGGGACGUGCGGUGCGUGUGCGACUUCAGCACGAAAGAGUGACUCAAGAUGCGUAUCUACCUCCAGCACGUGGACAGCUUUAUCGGGCGCGCGCUGCUCAAGGAGCUCAAGCGCAAUGGUCCCAUCUACAAUCGCGUCUUCGGGUCCCUCAAGGAUCCAAAACACUCGCAGAAGCCAGCCAUGGUACGACGAUUGGUGCAGAGCACGGACAAGCGGUUUGUGGAAACGGUUUUGUCCUGUAAGUUGAUCGUUUUACACCUGCGUGAGGACAACAACGAUGAACUCGAAUUUAUCCUGCAAACACUGAAAACCGCCGCAGCAACGCUGGAGGAACCACUGACGUACGCAGGACUUUUUUGUGACACGUGUGUGUUGAAAAUAGUAUGUCGUGCUCGUGACUGGUAAAACUGAUGGGUCUGUAUUCGAAUGAUUCGCGUUCAAAAAACUGCAGGCUUAUCGUCGUCUCCAGCAUCUUUGUGUGGGGAACCGGCCACGACGUCAAGGAGGCUGACUACCAUGACAGACAGCCACUGACACCAACGUAUUUUUUGCUUCUUGCAUUUGUCAUGAAGAUGAAGAUGAUGAACUGAUGUAGUUCUUGCCCGUCAAGAAAAACUCCCAUGUGGCAGUGAUCCCGUUGUUCUUCGAAACUGUACUUCAGCAUGAAAGCGUGGAAAGAUUACGAGGAGCGCGUUUUGGCCUUCAACCAUGACGAAGCAGCACAAGUCAAGGCACACGUCGUUGGCUGCGGUGCGCUCUUUGGCGGCGGUGAAUGCUCACACUUCGAAGGCGUCUUCAAAGACGCGUGGCUCGGGAACACAGUAUUGAUUUUUGAAUUUUUCUACAUGUGCGCAAGAACACUGUCGCUUUAAUGGCCUCAAAAUGGCAUGCGGAUGGGACCGAUGACAAUUGAUGAAAUAAACAUCCCUAGGUCGCCCUGCCCUCCGUAUUGCGACGUACACACUGUGUGCCAACCGUCAACGUCUUCGAUGUCGGGCGUAUGCUGAACAAGCUGGUUUUUCAGACGGAGGUUGCAAAGGGCGAAAUGCCCUAUCUUAUCUGCUGCGAUACGUCACGAAAUACGCUGACGGAGCUUUGGCAGGCCAUCGUGAAUGAGGUAAGAAUUUCUCGCUUUCAUGAAGAGGGAGGGCGUAGGCACUUCGGCUCUUGCGUUGCUGAAAAAAUCCGAUUGACUUUUCGUUUUCAAAGAAAUAGAUAACAAAAAUCCUCUCUCCCCACAAGUAUCACAGAUGACAGAAGCGUAUACGAUAAAAGACGAGCCAUCCGAGGAGCAUGAGGACCCAAAUAUUGUCGGCGCCAGCGACCUCACAUGCAUCCCGACCGAGCUGAUGUGCACUGAUGAUUUUGCCUGGAACGCCCCCGGCGGCCUCACCGUAGCGGCCAACGCCCGCUUUGCAGGAGCGGAGUACGCGAAGGGCAGUAAUCAGCAAGCAAUAAAAGUGCUGCUAUUCCGGGAGACGCCCAAGACCGGCGACCCGUCGGAUAAAGCGGCUGAGCUGGAGCGAAAAGCCCACGAAGCGGCGUGCGUGCGCUACGUGAGCUUUCUGAAGGAGGAGUUCGGGAUAUCAAAUGCAAAAAUUUCUGGGUCUGGAAUAUUGCAGGCUUUGUCAUGCAUAUUAAUUUUGCAUGACCCAGGAUGUCUGUAAUGCACGACCUAGCAUCACAGAUUUUUAGAGGGCUUCCUGAUCCUUACUCCGCAUGACAAAUGCCUUCCCCGCGUAGCACAAACUAGACUCCUCUUGCUGGUCACGCAAUACAGAUUUUUUCAGAGUCCCAAGUUAGCAUCACAAGUUCCAACCUUCCAGGAGACCCAGACACUUUUACAAUCCAUACGGCAUCACAGAAAUCAAGUCCUUCGGCGAGAUGGACUCGACAAACACGACGCGCUAUAUCCCACAGAAAAAAGCUGGCAGGUCAGAUUUGUAAUGCAAAGAUAAAUACACAAAACAAUCUGUAUUGCAUAUCCGAAGCAGCAUGCUAUGGGGCCGCCCAUGACCAAUUUUUCUGUGUAUUUAUUUUUGCAUUACAAAUAUGAGUAUGACCUGCCAGCUUUUUUCUCUGGGAUACGCUACCGCGGUUACGUACUCGAAGUGCAGGGGGAGUUGACGCUGGAGACGUGCAAAAAGGAAUUUCUGGAAGAAAUAGAAGUCGAGGAAGUCGUGCAAAAGGAAGCGCCAGCAGAGGGAGAAGAAGGAGAGGAGUCGCCCGGCGGCCAGGAAACCGAGGUCGUCGUCACGGUAAGCAGAAAAUGCUUUUCCACCAUCGCAAUCUUGUAAGUUUUUCUGUGACUCAGUUGAAGACGUCGAGAUUGCGCAGAAAUGAACCAUUGACACAAAAAAACAAACACAGAAAAAGCUGGUGCCAAAAGCGUCUGCGCCGGAGCACGUAAUUGCGCUGGCGUGGCCGUCAGACGCUGAGGAGGAUAGCUCAUUUGUCACGUUCUUCCGCGAAAACUUCCCAGAGGAGAAAUCAAUACUGUACUUAUUUGUUUUGCAAUGUCAUGAUUUGUCCCUUCGUUCUGGCACAUGACUAUCGUCCGUUUUGAAUUUGAGCAUCUUUAUCUUAUAUCUUUUGCAUGUGGUUGUCCGGAUUAAGUACAAGAUCCUCUCGUCUCGUCUCAAAAAACCCGCAGCUACCUGCCACCCAAGCAUGUCCCUGAGGAAGUGGAGAAACAGAUGGAAUCCGUGCGAAUAUACAUGGACGGGACCAACAAGAGGCCCGAUGGGACGGUAGGCCGUGCGUUAAACGCAAACAUGAAGCCGGAGAAGCAGGUCAUCGAGGAAACACUCAUCAAGCAUGAGGAAGCGGCGGCAGAAACCGAGGGCAUGGCGCAAGACGUAGACGACGACAACCUGGACGACCUACGCAAAAAAGAACCAACAAAAGCAGAAAAACUCCGCUCCGAGCGACUGGUAUCGAUUUUUUGACCCUCAUCAAGUGAGAUACGCGGUAAAUUUGUCUGCAAUGGAUGAAACGAAGACCUCCUAAUAUCGUGAAUAAUACCUAGAAACGCGUUGUCAAAAUUUCCCUACAGGAUGCACUGCUGGUGAAGGAAAAGCAGUUGCAAAGCAGCACGAUCGCGGAUUACGUAAAUGAAAACGUGGUCCCGACGCUCACCGAGGGGCUGAUCAAGCUGUGCAAGCUGAAGCCCGAACAGCCAAUCGAGUACCUGGCAGAUUUUCUCGAGAAGACUGCGGACGAUCUGGCGGCGAGCUGAGGCCGCUUUGUGGACUCAGAGUUUCGUUUUUCUUGAAUGGAAAAAGCGAGCACGCAUGCCGAACUAUGUUGAUUACCGAUCAUACUACAAGUGUGUCAGGGAUUAGAAUGUGUCCUUAUGUUACCUACGCUUACCUACGCAAAGACCAAGACACAAAGUCGAAAGAGCUGCAAAAGGCUUUUUUUGCAAAACAGAUACUUUGCAAUUAUAGUUGCGCAAGCACAAAAG